AUGGGACCAAAAACGACCGCUAAAAGUAAUCAAACAAAUAAAGCCAGAAGACCGGAAAAGGAGAUCGAAAUCUCAAGAGGUCGAUAUCAAGGUCGACAAUGGAACGAACGAUGGCGAUACCCCGAUGAUGAGAAAGAAAGAGAAAUAUUAGAUACGUGGAAUGAAUGUGACGAACCCUUGAUUUCCCUAUCUUCCACGGAACUUGCAGAACAUCCUUUUGAUGAUUACAUUAAACAUUUUAAUGCUCAAAAGGGUGAUAAACCCGAUGUCAAAGGAAAAUCUACCAAUGGAGUUUGUGAUUGGUUACGAACUCUUUCUCUCAAUGAUUUACCAUCUAAACCGCCGCAAAUGCCUUUGAAAUCUCCUGAUAAUGAAGAUAGUUCAAUGGUUCCAGAACAACAAAAAAAGCAGGUGGUAUACAGAUUGGUUUAUGGAAAAGGUGUUGGUGACGAGAAGAAUUAUAAAUGGGAAGUUAGAGAAGAAGCGAGUAAAAAGAUUGACAAAAAACCAGCACAAGUUACAACCAAGACUGCAAUAUUGAUUGAUCUUGAAGAAAAGAACGAAACUCCAAUGGCACCAACACAUAAAAUUCCUGAUGACCUCAAGUCUUUGGAUAUGGACCAAUGGCAUAAGUUUUUCGCAAGGCAAACAAUUUAA